AUGAUGUACGGAUCGGAGACUUGGGCAGCACCAUCAACGGUUAUGGAGAGGCUUGACUGCACGGAACGAAAUCUGCUUAAGCGGCUACUUGGCUACUUUUGGCCUAGGGUAUGCCACAAUGAAGAUCUUUGCGCACAAAUUGAUGUGUCAUACCGGCGGAUGACACGUGGAAGACAUCAACAUCUUGCACCACCAUCGAAAGUGGCUAAAGCUUACCAUGAAGCAUUAUCUGUAAGCGAUAUCACGAACAUGUGUUUUGAGCCUGCCAAUCAGAUGGUGAAAUGCGAUCCACGCCAUGGGAAAUACAUGGCAGUUUGCUUGUUAUAUAGAGGGGACGUUGUACCUAAGGAUGUGAAUGCAUCUAUCGCAGCCAUCAAGACGAAACGUUCUAUUCAGUUUGUUGAUUGGUGUCCUACAGGCUUUAAGGUUGGAAUCAAUUACCAACCUCCGACAGUUGUACCUGGUGGAGACCUUGCCAAAGUUCCACGGGCUGUGUGUAUGCUUUCCAAUACCACAGCUAUAGCCGAAGCAUGGGCACGCCUCGAUCGGAAAUUUGAUCUCAUGUAUGCAAAGCGAGCAUUCGUCCACUGGUAUGUCGGCGAGGGUAUGGAGGAAGGGGAAUUCAGUGAGGCGCGCGAAGAUCUUGCUGCUUUGGAGAAGGAUUACGAAGAAACGAAUAUUAAUUGUUUAAUGUCGUGGCGGUUUUCACCCAUUCAUAAAGUUUGGUCUUCUGAUAUCAUUACAACAAUGGAAGCUUUCUCUGUACUUUGGCUGAGGAGUUCGAUGGUUACAAGAUUUAUUCAUUAA